CUACAACUCCACGCUAUUUUUACUGCUCUCUCUCUCUCUCCUCUCUUUCUCUCUCUCUUCCUCGGCGAGACCGCGAAUCGAUCGCCGUGUGGUCGCCGGAGGGAGCCGAAGAUCGAGUUGGAUGGAGCUUUAACUCCGCCCAAGGCCUCCCCUGCAGAUGAAAUUGAGGAGCACUAGAGCUAGUUCUCUUCAUAUGGGGGAAUUUCGUGAUACCGAAUACAAUUUUGUCAAUGAGGACUCGCCGAAACUAGGCAACACCAGGAAGGUCUCUGUCAUUCCCCUUGUCUUCCUUAUUUUCUAUGAGGUCUCUGGUGGCCCCUUUGGGAUAGAGGACAGUGUUCAAGCCGCUGGCCCGCUUCUGGCUAUACUUGGAUUUCUGAUCUUCCCCUUCAUAUGGAGUAUUCCUGAAGCACUUGUCACUGCUGAGAUGGGCACCAUGUUCCCAGAAAAUGGAGGUUAUGUUGUGUGGGUCUCUUCGGCUUUGGGCCAUUUUUGGGGUUUUCAGCAGGGUUGGAUGAAAUGGCUUAGUGGUGUCAUUGACAAUGCUCUAUAUCCAGUUCUCUUUUUAGACUAUUUGAAGUCCGGUAUUCCAGAUUUUGGUGGUGGGCUGCCUAGGACUGUUGCGGUGUUAAUACUAACAGUUGCACUAACUUACAUGAACUACAGAGGACUGAACAUUGUUGGAUGGAUGGCUGUGUUUCUGGGGGUGUUCUCCAUACUUCCUUUUAUCUUAAUGGGGUUGGUAGCAAUACCAAAACUUCAGCCUUCGAGAUGGUUACAGGUUGACAUACACAAUGUCAAUUGGAGUUUGUACUUGAAUACACUCUUUUGGAAUCUCAAUUAUUGGGAUUCAAUAAGUACUUUGGCAGGAGAGGUGGAUAAUCCUAAGAGAACACUUCCAAAGGCUCUGUUUUAUGCAUUGAUCUUGGUUGUUGUCGGAUAUCUGUAUCCUCUCCUAGCUGGGACAGGAGCAAUCCCACUUGAUCGGGAGUCAUGGACAGAUGGUUAUUUUUCUGACGUGGCCAAAAUUGUUGCUGGGGUCUGGUUGAGAUGGUGGGUGCAAGGAGCUUCAGCUCUAUCCAACAUGGGCAUGUUUGUUGCCGAAAUGAGCAGUGAUUCUUACCAGCUUCUUGGAAUGGCAGAAAGGGGAAUGCUCCCAGAGUUCUUUAGCAAGAGAUCCCGUCAUGGGACUCCUCUUGUCGGGAUACUCUUCUCUGCUUCUGGUGUUCUUCUGCUGUCCUGGAUGAGCUUUCAGGAGAUCAUUGCUGCCGAGAAUUUCUUGUACUGUUUUGGGAUGAUUCUGGAGUAUGUGGCCUUCAUAAAGUUACGACUGAACCGCCCAAAUGCUUCUCGGCCUUAUAAGGUUCCUCUGGGGACUGCUGGUUGCAUUUUGAUGAUCGUCCCUCCUACCAUCUUGAUAUGUGUGGUUCUGGGUCUUGCCUCUUUCAAAGUCAUGAUCGUAAGCAUUAUAGCGAUGCUUAUUGGGUCCAUCCUGCAGCCUUGUCUCAAACAUGUGGAGAAGAAGAAGUUGUUGAAGUUCACUUUGAACUCUGACCUCCCUGAUUUCAGAGAAUCUGGGCAUGAGAGUGCUGUGGAAUCCUUGAUAGCUUAGGUCAGUACCAUCACUCGAGAGAAUGUUACUUUGAACUUUCAUGCGCUUUCUUGAACAUAAAGGGAUGUCUCCAAUUCUCAUAACUCCAAAGAUGUCUUCAGAAUCUGAACCUGUUUUUUCGACUCUAUAAAUCUCAUCUUAUGGAGAACAUCUUAAGAGUUCAUUUUUGUUAAACUCAUUACAAUAUGGUACUUAGCAAUCCACUUCCGCUGCACGUAGAUUCAGCAUCCUUCGUGUUAAUGGUAGCAUUCAAGCAGCAUCUUACCGAUACCUUGUGUUAGAUUCAGUGUUGAUACUAAGCAAUUUACUGCUUUUGUUGGCUGCAACCGAUCCCUUUUGUUAGAUUCAGUGUUGAUACUUAGCAAUUUACUGCUUUUGUUAAUGUGUGACUGCACAACAAUUUCUUAACCGGAGGAUGUGAAGUCAUUUGCUGUAAUUUGACGAUCAUAUAACACUUGACUGAUGUCAGCUUCAUUUCA